CAAUCUGAGGUGUUGUGAUGAGGGUGAAGUCAAGGCAGAGACUGACUGUACGUUCUUUCACCCUAUUUUUAUACCCUUUAGCUUAACUCUCUCCAUAUUUGACGACUCUUGAAGACACCAGCGGUUUAUAUGACCUUCACAUUAUAACCUUAGUGAAAAUGGAGGCUGAAGUGUUAGCACUAAAGUGGAACAACCAUCAGAGUAUUUUUUACCACAUCAUCAGUGGGUUACGGACAAAGGGUAGCUACACUGAUGUAACCCUGGCAUGUGAGGGCAAGUUCUACCCCGUCCAUAAACUGGUUCUAUCAACUUGUAGUGAAUACUUUAGUGACAUUUUUGACCGCACGCCAUGCAAAAACCCGGUUGUAGUUCUUAAGGACAUACAGUGUCGUGAUUUAGAGUUCUUGCUAGACUAUAUGUACAUAGGUGAAGUGAAUGUGAGACAGAAUGAACUCUCGUCCCUUAUAAAGGCUGCCGAGUGUCUCAGAGUGAAAGGUUUAGCUGUGCCAGAUGAAGAACCUAAGCAUGCAGCAGCGGCCACUACCAAUACCACCACCCCCAACAACAAUAACAGCGGGUUUUCUGGGACGAGGCAGCGUCCAGUGGAGCAGCAGCCGCAGCAGCAGCAGCUUGGUGAACGUAGCAGUAGCCCCCCUGCCAAGAGGCGAAAGGGGGAUGAGCGGAGAUCUAGCAACCCUCCCCCGGAAGUUGAACCAAGCACUGUGGUGCCGCAUGUAGACCGACCCCUGGAAGACAAGCCCAGUGAUGAGCCGUGCUUACCUCAGCCCCCACAGGAGUCAGAAGUGGCAGCCGGUGAGGCAGAAGGAGAAGCUAUGGAGCCGCCACCACUACCUCACAUAAAAAUAGAACAGGACCUUGAAUACCAGGACAACUACGACAUCCCCUUGAACUCCAACCCCUCGAGCUUUGAUGGCGAGCCUUAUGCACCAGAGUCUGAGGACGGAGUUCGGACAAAGGUGGAAGGAAAAGACAAUGGAAAUGUUAUGGACGAUGACUUAGGAGCGAAUUUCUCCGACAUGCUACAGUCAACUCUCACAAGUGAGGAAAACAUGGAACAUCACUCAGGAAUCCAUCCACAUGUAAAUUUAGAGUCAUGGGAUGGUGUAUCAGGUGCGAGAGCUCUGCCGGGACACAACUUAUCGGCUGCAACGGUUUCCCACACUCCCUUGGCGCACCAUCAACAACAGAAGGCUGCUGUGGCUGCUCUGGGCCUCCUUCACUCCGCGGGUGACACGCAGCCAGCGCUCCGCCUCCUCCACCAACAGCAUGGCAGUGCCGCCGGCCCACCCUUUUCGUCGCAACAGAAUGCUAUGGUAGGGGAAGGAGGAAUGUUGUCAGAGGAGUUCUUUGGAAAGAAGGACAAGCUGCAGCGAGAGUAUGUAUGCCAAUACUGCGGCCGAGAGUUCAGUCACAGGACAAAUUUGCAGGCCCACUUGCGAAUACACACUGGUGAGAAGCCAUUCCAUUGCCUUUACUGCCCCUACCGCACUGCGCUGAAAGGGAACCUCAAAAUGCAUACCAUCUCACGACACAAAGCUGACUGGAAAACCAUCAAGCACUUAGUUCGGCCCAUGAGCGAAGAAAACUCAAGUUGAACUUUGCCUGUGUGUGAGCAUCGCUUACAAUAAGGCCUGGUCACAGUUAUGCUAUGCCAGAUUCUAGUUUACUGUAUAUAAAAAAAUAUUACUGGAAAAUUUGAUGAAUAAGAAAAGAGAAAAAAAGGAACAAAAAAAGGUUUGAAAUGUGUGCUUUGUGUUCUGUGUUACAAGAAAGAAUAAAAUUUCUAUGAAGUUAUGCAUUCUGAAAUGUUGGACAUUACUCAGAAAGUGAUUGUGUGACAUAUGAUACUUAUAUGAAAUCAGAAUAAAAGAAAAAAGAAUUAUGAGCGUCAAUGAAUUUUAUGUAGCUGAUGAUUACUACUUGAUCUCAUGAUACUACUUCAACAACCAUGGAAUUCUAAGAGUGCUUUGGAUCGUAAGAAGUAGUACAGUAUAGAAAAGAUGUACACUAGAAAAGUAGCAUUACAUGUAUGAUUAUACCUUUUUAGUGUUGUGAUCUGAUGAAUAGAUCUGUAAAUGGUCAACAGAUUUUGUCAAAUGUUAAGAUACGUUUGAUGAAAUAUAGAGAGGAAGAUGCUUUGUUAUUGUUAUUAUUUUUUUCCAUUUGAGAGAGAAUGCAAAGUAAAACUGUAAAUAGAAGAAUGUUAAAUCUUGAGUAAGGACUUUGUCUCAAGGAGUAUGAUUUUUUUGUAGGGUGUUUGUAAUAUCUUUAUAACUGAUGCUUGAAUAUUAAAAUAAACUGAGCAGGCAUGAUUCACUGUAUGCAAUAGAGUGCAUUGAGGACGUAGGGUGAAGGCAAAUAGGCUUCAGUAUCAUAAAUAUGGGCAUUUGUAUAUCCAUAUAAAUUUUAAGGUAGUUGUCUCAAUACCUUAGCAGUUUGUAAGAUAUAAAAGAUAACACUGUAUUAUCAUGUUAGUUAGUUCUUCUUUUGUGCAUUAAGUAUUGAUUUUAAAGAGACUGAAUGUAGGAGAGAAACUUUUUGUUACUUAAUAUUAUCAUUAUUGAUAUAUAUAUUUAUUUAUUUUUAUUUAAUUAUAUUUUAUUUACUUAUUAUUUCUUCUUAUAGCUUAAGCUAUUGACACCAUGAGGAUAUGUAUAUUGUCCACUGUGACUUUGUUUUAUUAAUGUUGUUUAUGCACAAUUGUCUCCAGAACCACCUUGUCACAAACAGGUAAUUGCUAAGCUUACCUAAUUUUACCUGUUUACCUCAUUCCUUGAAGUUUUUGGAAAUGUUUUUGUUCUUACUAUUAUUAAUAACAUAUAUAAUGAUAGAGGUGAUGAUGAUUAUAAUAAUUGUAAUAAGUUAUAUUAUUAGUAAUAGUAAUAAAAAGAAAAUAUGAGGGAACAGGAAUGAGAUAAACAGGUAAGAUAGAGUAGAGCCAAUAAUUGACUCUUGGUGACUAAGGGCCAGUUUGUUAAAAUUGUGUGAGGCCCAACUAAAAGAAUAUUCAUUAUACAGACAUGCAUAUACACAGAAAUGAAUACAUAUCUAUCAGUCUAGACAUGCAUAUCUACCGGAUGGAUAGCGAGAUAAAAGUAUAUCUGUCAGACAGAUAGAUGUGUAAUUAUUUCUGUGUAUAUGCAUGUCCUUAAAUAUGAAUAUUCAUUGGAUUGGGCCUCGCACAGUUUUAACAAAGCCGUAAGUGGUUAUAAACCAUUUGUGUGUUUACAAAAUUGAUAAAACAGAACCACAGCGGACAGCGUAUGCACCUGGUGCCAAUGGGUUUAUGUAGGAUAAAGUUGAACAGGACUAAAAAAUGUCUUGGUAUGAAUUGGUGCAUGAUGUAGUUUAGCUGUAAAUAUUAUAUAUAUAUAUAUAUAUACAUAUAUAUACUGUGGACUUGAAAAGAAAUAAAAGCUGCUGGAACUAUAGUUAUUGAUUAUGCAUAAAACAUGGCAUCUUAUUUGUCCUAGCUUUUUAUACUUUUGGGGGGCUAUUGUAAAUCCUGUUAUUGCUUUUAUUUACGUUUAAAUAUCAUUGUAGAUUUGUUAAGUGUAGUGCAGUCUCUGUUGAUCAGUAAUUUGUUUUAUGGACAGUUCUGUAUUUAAUGGCAAUUAUUGAAAUUGUGAUUUCUUUGUCUACGGGCUACAGAAGGGCAGAUUUUCUCUUCUUUUUUAGGUCUGCUUACUCUUUUGUUUUCUAUAACUUGAUUUUUUUCUUGUCGUCUCGUCUGUAGUAAAUUAUAGCCUGGUAUGUUGGAAUACUAAAGGUAGACUGCAUAUUAAGGUAUGGAUUUUUUCAUUAUCAUGCUGUAUUUUAUCUUCUGAUCAUUAUGUUUAAAAGAUAGCCUGUCAAGUUUUUUUGUUUUAUUAUUUUUUAAAAAUUCUUUUGCUUUCUACUUUUUAUUCGACUUGUAUCAGUGUUUGUCUACUUGUCUUAUGAAUGUUUUCCUUAUAAUUUUUUAUUAUUUCACUAAGUAAUCAACAUUGAUGAGAUCCACUUGCAUAUUUUAAAAAAUUCCUUUAUUUGGCAGCCUUAUUUACUAUUGCAAAAGUACUUCCGUCAGAAAUGAUGAAGGGUUUCGUACCAUCCAUAUUUCGUAUGGAAACAAGUAGAAGGCCACUAAUGAUAGGAUUAAAUUGUUUUGUCCUCAGUUUCUGCUUCUUCUUUGUUGAAUCCUUGUUCAGAAUGCAAAUGAUUUCUGCAAGUGGCAUAAGAGUGCACAUUUAAUUUUUGAGUUACAGUUUUGCAUUGAAAUUGGUUAUUUUUUCCUACUUCUUGUCUUUUUUUCUUUUUCCAAGUCAGCAAAGGGAAAGAAAAAGUAUAAUUCUGGUCACAAAUGUAUUUUUAGUAUUGGUCUUUAUUAUAGGGAAGACUGUUAUUGUGAUAUCAUUGGAACUGGUUAUGACAACUAAUGAUUAUUGGAUUAUAGUAAUAUGGAAGGAAUGAAUUACAUUUUUUAUAAAGGUACUAGCCUGUUUGUGUGGCUUCCUGAAAACCAUAUAUUUUUGAAAAAAACAAUUUAAAAUCUGUUGGGCUUUGUAGUAAUUCAUUGCAAAGCUGAUUUCUUUUUGAUUUACAUAUGCAUCACACAUCAACUGUAUCAUCACAGCCACCAUGUACGCUCUAUACAUUUUAACAUGUGUGGCGAUAGUAGAAGAGCAACUUGCUGUUAGAAAAACAGAAAGGAAUGGUCUUGCUCUAUGAUUUUCUUUGUUUGCUUUUCAUCAGAGAUUUUAUGUUUAUAGAUUGUGUAUUUCAAAUAUGGAUUGAAAAAGACUAAGCAAACCUUGCUUCAGAAAUAUGUAAAUGUGUAUCUGAUAAAUACAUUUUUUUUCUUUAC